AGCAAAGGGAGUGCUUUUAAAAGUUUUCGCAUGAACGAAAACAACCUAGAAACCAAAACUUUUUCUCUCAAAGUAGAUAAGCUUUUUUACGAAGCAAUGGGUGAAGGUAAAGUUUUUGAACAACUAGCAACCCAAUCUUAUGCUUAUUUUGGUAGCACUAAAUGGCAAAUUGAAGAAGGAUUUACCGAAGAAAAAGAAGAUAAAAUAACCUUUACCAUGAAAACAUUGGGGAAAAAAGGAAUUAUUAAAGGCACCAAAGACGAAGCCCACCAAGAAAACAAAACUUUGUGGGAAAAAACCAAAGAAAAAGCAGUUAACGCCAAAGCCAAAGCCGACAAAAUGCCCAUGGAAGAAGGAAGUUUUAGUGUCGAAGUAUUUUGUAGUGGCAAAGAUAUCAACAAAAGCCAACAAAAACACACUAUAACUGACAAGGCAGAACUAGAUUGGGGAAAGAAGAAGUAG